CGUGCCGGGAAGGCGGGGUGUUCCUCCGGGACAGCCAUCUUGUCCUGGCCGGGGCCGAGCCGGGGGGCGCGGGACGAUGAAGGGGUUCCCGAUGGCCGCGCGCUCCCUCUCGAAGAGAUUUUACUCACUUAAAGUAGCUCCUAAAGUUUCAUCCUCAGCAACUGCAGCAAAAGUGAAAUUAUCUCCCCGGUCUGAGGAUCUUGAGAUCACAAAAUUACCAAAUGGCUUAGUUAUUGCAUCUCUGGAAAACUUUUCUCCAGCUUCAAGAAUUGGUGUGUUUAUUAAAACAGGCAGCAGAUAUGAAACCACCAGUAACCUGGGAACUGCUCACCUGCUUCGUCUUGCAUCUAAUUUGACUACUAAAGGAGCUUCCUCCUUCCGGAUCACUCGUGGCAUUGAAGCUGUUGGGGGCAGCCUGAGUGUGUACGCAACAAGAGAGCAAAUGGCUUACUCUGUUGAGUGUCUGCGAGACUAUGUUGAUACAGUAAUGGAGUAUCUCCUGAAUGUUACCACAGCACCAGAAUUUAGACCAUGGGAAGUAUCUGCUCUUCAGCCACAAUUAAAAGUUGAUAAAACAAUUGCACGUCAGAAUCCUCAAGUUGGAGUGCUGGAAAACUUGCAUGCUGCAGCUUAUAAAAAUGCUCUGGCAAACCCUUUGUAUUGUCCAGACUACAGAGUUGGAAAAAUUACACCGGAGCAGCUUCACCAUUUUGUACAGAGCAAUUUCACAAGUUCAAGAAUGGCUCUCGUAGGAAUAGGUAUAAAGCACUCUACCUUAAAGCACGUUGCAGAACAAUUCCUAAAUAUCCGAAGUGGAUCUGGUGCUCCUGGUGCAAAGGCUGUUUAUAGAGGGGGAGAAAUCAGGAAACAGACUGGUGAUAGCCUUGUCCAUGCUGCUAUUGUAGCAGAAGGAGCUGUUGUUGGGAGUCCAGAAGCCAAUGCCUUCAGUGUCCUUCAGUAUGUUUUAGGUGCUGGGCCCCUUGUCAAGAGGGGAAGCAACGUUACCAGCAAAUUGAUCCAGGGUGUUGCUAAAGUAGCCAGCCAGCCAUUUGAUGUUUCUGCAUUUAAUGUUAAUUACUCUGAUUCCGGGCUCUUUGGGAUUUAUACCAUAUCCCAGGCUCCAAAUGCUGGGGAGGUCAUUAAAGCUGCUUUGAACCAGGUAAAGGCAGUUGCUCAGGGUGGUGUCACCGAUGCUGAUGUCACAGUGGCAAAAAAUCAGCUGAAAGCCAACUAUUUGAUGUCAGUGGAGACCUCAAAAGGGUUACUGAAUGAAAUUGGCACGGAGUCCCUGGUUUCUGGCACACUCACAUCCCCAUCUGCUGCUGCUCAGAAAAUUGACUCUGUAGCCACUGCUGAUGUUGUGAAUGCUGCAAAGAAGUUCCUCAAUGGGAAGAAAUCAAUGGCAGCUUCUGGGGAUUUGGGAAAUACUCCUUUUCUUGAUGAGUUAUAAAAACAAAUCUGGGAUGGGCUUGAUUCAAGAUGGACCUGAGGUCUAAGUCACCUAUGUUCGAAUUACUACUAAUUUGUUAUUUAUGAAUUCAGUUCUUUCAGAAAGUUAAUCUGGAGUAAUUGUGGGCUUGCACUCAUCAAAUAAAGUGCUGAGUUCAUACAUUUUAUGUGGGAGUUUUUUUCCCUGAAAAUGGUAUAUAAAAAGAUGAUAAAUCUGGCUCUGUACAGUGGAGGUAGAAAACGUAGUGGAUAAACUUCUAUAAAAUACUACAUUUUAUGCAAAAUUUUACAGGUUUGGUCCUAAACAAGUAAGUUCAUCCUAAAUAUGAAUUGAACAGACUCAGCUGUCUGGUGUGGGUUUUUUUUGCAUGUGGCAUGUGCUGAGUUAGAUCCAGGUGCUCCAGGAAUCGUGCUCAACUUGUUUCUUUUGGUUCCAAAAACUAAGAUCAGCUACAAAGAAGCAAUGUUUGUUACAAGUCCUCAACCCACUUUACACCUUUCUGUACUUGCUGCAGUAAAUCAAACACAUCACAUGCUGUAAAUAAUGUGAUUCCUUGUAGCCUUUAUUGAAAAUGCUUUUGAUGCUUGCCUUCUUCAAAUUGAAUAUUAAGAAUAUGCAUCAUUGAAAAGAAGUAGUUUUCUUUGCAACAAUUAUUAGUAUUCUAAUUAUAGGUGGAGAAAAAAACCAAAAAAUACCAUCAAAACAAAUCAACAACCAAAUUAGUAUCAUAUAUAUAUACUUCUGUAUAUCUAAGGGUUUUUUUCAGGUAAUGGAUGAAUGCUAUCUCAUCCUAAGAAAAUAAUAAAAAAAUAUUUAUUUCAAAUUUAUGCUCCAGAUUUUUCCACUGAUUUUUAUACUCAGAUCUAAAGUGAAAAGCCUUUUUCUCAAGAAAAGGCUAAGAACUUCACUUGAUCAUUCUUAUUUCAUCAAGUAACUAGAUAUUUCUUCCUGGUACUUGCAAUUUAGAAGAAAGGACUGCCCAAACUAUAAAGGCAUUGCUAGGAAAAUUAUUCUAAUCUAAAGAUAUGCAUUUUCACUGUACAGCCAGUAAAUUUCUAAAUUACUUCAUUACGCUCCAGUCUUCGCUUCAUAGAUUUCAAUGUUAAGAGACAAUUUCAUGCUGGGAAUUACCAUAGCGCACUCUCGUCCUCGAACUGUAGUUAUGAGUUUAAUGUAAUUGGGCUGGGGACCCAUGUGAAGCACUCACAUUUACAGAGCUUUCAAUUUCGAGUUUAAUACAGGUGUCAGAUGUUCCACAAGAAACCUUUAAUAACUGGUAAUAGUCCGCUAGUUCUGAUACGGUUCAUUUCAGGUUUAAAACAUUUAGCAAAUGAACACCUGUGUGGAUUGUUAAAGCACAGAGAUUAGUCUAUUGCCACUUUGUAACUACUCUUUGUAAUAAAGAGAAAUAAAAAGCAAACAAUAAGGCAAAUUAAUUUCAAGCCUUGUGAAGAUUUGUAUUACUUGUAGAAUGAAAUUAUUUGAGCAAUAAUGCACUGAAUAAAGAAUUAUAUUAUUCAA